CCUUCUUGUGCUCGUCCCCCUCCUCUUCAUCCCACCUGUUCACCCCCGAAAAACUACUAGUUCUGAUCAUUGCCAAAAUGAAUUCCAUCACCGCCCUGUCGUGAUAGUAGCUUACCUAACAUUCCACUUUCAGUACCCAAGUUCCCCCUUGCUUCCCUACUCUUUCCCAUACACUCUGCCCGCCAAGUACUUACGCCGCCGUUGGGUCCACGUCGGAACGAGCCCUGAACAUGUCGAACGUGCUGUCUCAUCAGGUGUCCUAUCAGUAUUCCCAGAUCGCCUGUGCCUGACCUCCUGGCCUUAUUUCCUUCUUCUCCUUCUUAUUGUGAAGACCGAUUGUAGGGCUACAUGAGACUUUCAUGGCAUGUCCCUUUGACAAUACAUCUUGGCUAGCACUGUGAUCUUCGGAUCCAACCUAAUCUUAGGGGCAUCACCAGAGUCACCACCAUGGCGGUGCAAUCAUCCUCGAAUUCUCGCCUCCAAUUCACUAACCCAUGGCGAGAAGCACCAUCCACGGCGGUGGAGUCCCCAAACCACACUCCCGAUGGUCGCAUCGCGCAUACAUUGACUGCUUGCACCCGUUGCAGACAGCGGAAAUCCAGGUGUGACCCAGGUAUACCAAGAUGCGCGCCGUGCGAACGUAGCAAUGCGAAGUGUGUAUAUUACGAUUCCGCCCGUAAACAUACCAUAUCACGGACAUACAUUGUCUCGCUCCGCGAAAAGGCUCGCAGGCUCGAAAAAGAGCUGUCCGAACUCGAGAAGGAGUUUCGACAUGCAGCAGAUGCAGAACUCAUGGUGCGGGGAGCCGGUCGCAUUCGGUUCAAGGAAAAUGAUGAAUCGAGAUACCUUGGGCCGUCGAGUGGCAUCGCAAUGACGCGAUUGGUUAUGGAAAUGGCCAAACAAAAUACGGACUCGAAAAGCAUCAAGGAUGUAGUUCCCGAGUUGACCGCACAGGAGAUUAAGCAUGCUUUCGCAGCGGAGAGCUCCAAGCCAACCUCGAAAGUAUGGCCCAUCAUCAGCUCAACACCCCACAACCAGCUACCCCUCAAGCACAGAACAUACCGCUUGAUCGACGUCUUCUCUGUGAAGGCACAAGCUAUGCUACCCACGUUACAUGAACCCACAUUUCGUCAAGAAGUUGAAGAGGUUUUCGAUGGAUCUGACGAUCCGUGUCAAAAUUUCCAGCUACGGAUGGUGAUAGCCAUUAGCAUGCAGAAGAUGAGUCCGGAUUUUGCAGGGUUAGCGGACAGCUACUACCUUGCCGCCCUGCCGUUUCUUGAGGCGUCCCUCAGGAGAAGAGACCUUCGUUCCUUACAAUGCUUGGCGCUCAUAGCACAGUAUUCGAUGUUGACACCUACGAGAACCGCCGCUUACUGGGUGGUCGGAAUGGCCGUGAAGCUCUGUCAAGACCUCGGACUUACCGAUGAAGCAACCAUCACUAGAUCGUCGGAUGGCAAGCUUCUGGAUGCAUUGGAGGUGGACAUGCGAAGGAGGCUAUUCUGGAUCGUCAUAUCCAUGGAAUACGGUCUUUCUCACAGUCUAGGACGACCCAAUUGCUAUUCCGUCUGCCACGAUCAUAUCAACGUCAAAUUCUUCGAACCAGUCGAAGAUCACAACAUCACGCGCGAAGGAAUUCGACCGGGGGCCAGGAUUAUUCUACCCAAAUGUAUCGCCAUACACUUCUUGAAAAUGAGACUCCUUCAAGCAGAGAUCCGACGCACUCUAUAUCUCAACAAGCGCGACACACCGACCAACGACCAAGAUCCAUGGUUCACACAGAUGAUGAAGAAAAUCGACGACUGGGUAGCAUCCUGCCCCAAGAACGAUGGAGGGAGUGGCCUCGGCGAGAAAUGGUUCCAUGGUCGUCGGAACACAAUGAUCGUAUUCCUUUAUCGACCGUCACCUCAGGUGCCCGAGCCUUCGGUCGACGCCGCGCGAAAAUGCUAUGAAGCGUCCGUGUUCAAUGUCGCCAUGCAUAAGGAGCAGGUCGCUACUGGCUCUGUCGAUUUGACCUGGAUCUUCACCCAGUCGCUUUUUAUGGCCUUGAACACCAUUCUUUGGUCCCUUUCCUACCCGGAUAUUCGGAAAGAACACCCCAUCGAUGAAGUGAAAGGCCAUCUAAGCGUAGCGUUGGAGGUCAUCGUGCAUGCGGCAAAGCGGUGGCCCGGAGUCGAAUCUGCGUUGGUCUUGUACAGGAGCUUGGUGGCCGCUUGCCUCAGAGCCUAUGCUACCCAAGAGUCUUUCGUCGUACACUCGCCAUCUAAUCAUGCAACCCCUUCUUCACAAGAAGUCGCGACCCCGCCGUCUGUUGCGAGUCCGGCCAGUACUUCCACGUCGUUCCUGUCGCAAAAUAUCCGAGCCGGCAACUCCUCCAUUCCGGACACCAGUACUUCUCCCGGCACAUAUUCUCGGGGUCCUUCGGCAGACCCACCCUUCCCUUAUCCGCACGUACCGUCGACCGGAUCGUCUUCAAUCAUGCCUAUCGUGGAGCCAAUGAAAGCAACUCACAUAUCGUCCUGGGACAGCCAGUUUACUCCUUCUCUUGUCUCUACCUCUUCCCAGGCCUCCUUUAGCCCGCUUUCUUACAGGACUGCCUCUUAUGCAGACAUGGCCUUCGAUCCAUCGACUCCCUACAACCAUAUGCCUUCUAUUGUCCCUGGUCUGCCCGGGUGGGAUUCCAACUUUAGCAUGGCGUCCACAAGUGCGGGACAUCUGGCAUACGUCGAUGCCAUCGUGGAUCCGAUGAACUGGGCAGACACAAUCGGCGACCAGUACUCUCAGUACUUCAAUGGCGCGUAUCCUGUGCCUUCUUGGCGAGAACGUACGCUCAGCCACCAGGAGCAGCUGGAACUCAUGGAGACGUUAGAAGAUAACAUUCCGGAUGUUUCUGCUCAACGCCUAGUUCAGGCGUCGGCCACAUUCUACCAGUCAUAACCCAUGCUAUUCGAUAUGCCCUCGGAGAGUGGUUCUACAUUUACCUCGCGAGUUCGGACAGACUUGAAUAAGUUUGAGUCGUGGGAUUCAUUGUUUAGAUGUCGUUUAUCUUUUUGUGUGGCACUUUCCCUUGCCUUUGUCUGUAUCUUAAUAUAUACCCAUGGGAAGCCAAUGGGCUUCGUCUCUGGUGUUUGGAGCAACAUUUUCGCCAACACUACUUCAGGAAACAAAAGAGUUCUUCAUGUUGGAAAUUGGCACUGUUUUAGAUCAGCCGCACUGUGGAGAGGCACGGUGGCGGUUCUUAUGUGUCUAGCGAACUGAAUGC